GUUGGAGACUCCAGCCGUACGGAAACACGUCUAUCCCCAGCGACGCCGCACGAGCGCCCCGGUUCGCACUAGGCACUCACUGCAACACCUGCACCCUACAGCCUCGCCCUCGGCCCUGCAGCAUCGCCCUCGGCCUCCAUCCUUACGUAGCCAGCGUGCCGUUGUCCCACCUCCGCCCCACCGUCUCAUCGACCGCGAAUCGCUCGAGGGCUCUGAUUGCCAGACACAUGCAUUCACUCCUCGGGUAGCCAACUGUCCGCACUGUCCGCUCUGUCCGCUCUGUCCGCUCUGUCCGCUCUGUCCGCACAGCUGCACACCGGCCAGGCCGCCAAUGGUGCACGAUGGACAUGACCGACCGAGACCAUGGCUUCCAGGACGACCCGCGCGCUGCACCAGCGCGGCAGCUCCCCUCCGACCUGCCCACCUCGCUGAACGACAGGCGGCCCGUGAGCGCAUACAUGCCUGAAGAGACGGAGAUGUACGAUGCAUGGCAGGGGCAGUCGUUCCUGACCACACCCAUGCCCGCGCGACCCCUCAGCUUCAACCUCUCCCUCGACGACCCCAGCUUCGGCGACGAGGACAUGCAGCAGCUCGAGGACAGCGACAGUCGACUGGUGCAGAUGCUCGCACACCAAGCCCGGCUCAAGAACGACAAUGCUGGUGACGAAGCCAAGGUGGUCGCCGACGACAAGCUUUCACGCGGAGAAAAGAGGGAGGCACUCCAGGGACUGUUCACACUGGCGACGUCCAACGGCGAGCUCGAGCGAGUCAAACGGUUGCUGGAGGGGAAGGCGAGGGAGUACAUCAACAUCGAUGGCGUCGACGCUGAAGGAACACCACCGCUGGUGUAUGCGAGCUGCUUCGGGCACGAGGACGUUGCAGGCGUCCUCAUCGAGGAGGGCGCCAAAGUGGACAUACAAGACAAGAAUCGCUGGACACCUCUCAUGUGGGCCAUGACCAACAGGCACAAGGGGAUCGUGAAGCUUCUACUGGACCACGGUGCCUCGACCGACGUCAAGUCAUCGGGCGGUAGGACAGCGUUUGAUUUCGUCGAGCCCAACAGCGAGAUCUCGGACUACCUGCAUGAGAGCGGGUACGCGAUCGGUAACGCAGGGGUGGAUGACUUUUACAACUCGGGACUGGAGAACGACCGGUUCGAGCAAGAAAUGCAGGAAAACGACAUGAAGCGCCGGAUGAUGAUGGAGAGCGCCUUCAAUCUGGAGGUCGACAUUGGCAACCUGGGCCUCGACGAACAGCCAGAGUCUCCUGAAGAGCCUGAGGAAGGCCAGGAGUUCAUCUGGGACAGAUGUCUCAACGACCAGAUGUUCGUCUUCCAAGAAAGCGAGCUCGAGCGUAUCCUCGACAUAAUCAUCACGACCAUGACUCCGCAGCGGUCACCAUCCCAGAAGCCGGUCCCUGCAAACAUCCUCUUCUUGGCGGCCCGGUACGCACACUAUCACGCCAGCGCAGACCUGUUGAAGACGCUCCUCGUAUCGGCGAUGGGCAAGAUCAACGACGUGGUAGAGAAACACCAGUGGGACAUGACAGUGCUAGCCUUCUGGAUGUCGAACGCUACGUUGUUGUUACACUACAUGAAGAAAGACACAGGACUCGCGACGGCCGCCACCGAGUUUCAACUUCAAAUGGCAGAGCUCAUCAACGAGAUUUUCAUCCUGAUCAUCCGGGAUGCGGAGCGAAGAAUGGAUAAGAACCUGGACUCAUCUAUGCUCGAGCACGAACCCAUGCCAGGCUUCGAAGACGUGCAGUUCCAACACGAAUGGAACAUCUUCCGCUCGAAACCAAAAGCGAAGCCCCUAGAACCUCUCGAGAAGCGAUUUCGGCCUCCAUCACCCAAAGCCAGGGCCAAGCCGUCGCCUCGAAACAUCACCUCCCUCUUAUCCUCCACGCUCUUCGUCCUCGACCUGUACGAUGUACAUUCAGUCAUCACUGCUCAAGUGCUGUCGCAGCUGAUAUACUGGCUCUCUGCAGAGAUGUUCAAUCGCAUCAUGUCGAACCGGAAGUACUUGGCGCGAACAAAAGCUAUGCAAAUCCGCAUGAACGUAUCGACGCUGGAGGACUGGGCGCGCUCCAACAACCGGCAACCUGAACACUACGAGAACGGAUCGAUGACCUCAACGGGUGACAACACUGUCGAGUCUACAAGAAAACACAUCGAACCGCUCAUUCAACUGUUGCAAUGGUUGCAGUGCUUCACGUCGAUCGGAGAAGACCUGGAGUCGCUCGUUGGUACAAUACAACAGCUGACGAGGCUAUCGCCACAACAACUUCUGCACACUGCAAAGUACUACAGACCAGAAGUGGGAGAGAAGGGGCUGCCCAAGAGCGCAUCUAAAUACGUCGUCCACCUACAACAAGCUGCAGCAGAACGCAAGACCCGGGCGAAGUCACCGAACCCACCACAAAGAGGCACCGACGCAGAACCAACAACACCCGUCAAGCCGACCUCAGGAGCACAACUUGCGCCAGCCCCAUCACCAGCACCCUCCCGGAUUUCAGGGGAGCUGGAAAGGGAGGAAGACGAUGCCCCGAGCGAGCUCCUCCUCGACCCAUCAUACAUGCUCCCCUUCUCAUUACCAACAUCGACCGACAUGCUCAUCAGCUAUGGUGCCGGUUUCGGUGGUGUUGACAGGGAGCGCGAGAGAAAGUACAUCCCGACUGUGCCACCCGAGUUCAUGACCAAGUUGGACCUGAGCGGAGGGAACAAAAAUGGCGGAUACUAUGACGAGAGCCAGUGGAACGACCCGAGCUAUGGGUGAAGAUAAUCCGCUGCCCUCUAGUAGUGAUCGAGCUGACAGAGGACGUGGUGUAGGCUCUUCCAUUCGCACUGGAUCAGGAACAGACCUGCAUCGAGAUGGAGCCAUCGAUUGUGAGAGAGAAGCAUAGUCUUCAAUCGAAGGCCUGGACGUCAGACCUAGGGAAAGGAAGCAUUGGAUCGGAGGGAGAAAAAGCCUUGCAUGUUGGAUAGGGGACUACGGCAUCAGCGCUUCUCAAAUGACUACCUGUGCAUUUGCGUAGAUUUCAAAACAAACAAUACCCUCCGCACCAUCCAUUGUCUCUUUUGACGUGAGCAACGGCUUAGGUAGCUUGCUGUUGAAUAUAUACAUAUGCAC